AAAAAAAGAAAAGAAGAGCCAGAGAGCAGUGGGUGCUGUCUUACGUAAGGUGAGAGCUCUGAACAGAACACCUUAGAGCAGAGCCCUGAAUGUGUUGACAGCCAGGGAAGAGUCUCACUGGCAGGAAAACGGCAGGUGCGAAGGCCUGAGGCCGCAACUGUUGCCCGGGAGGUGGAGCCGAGGGAGGCAUAUGCAGGGGUGAAGCCUGGAGGGAGUGAGGCCGUGGGCCAGGCCACAGAAGGCCCUCGCAGGGACUAAGAUUUUGCUUGUGUGGCAGGCAUCUCCUGGAGGCAUUGAAGGCACGGGUCCAUGCUGGUGCAGUUAGGAGAGCAGACGGUAGGAGGGCGACACGGACGAGGGGACUAGGUGGCCAUUGUGAGGAUGAGCUUGGGGCGGAAUGGGGGUGUAGAGAAGCAGCUGAACUCAGGGCAUGUCUCUGCAGGCAGAGCUGAUGGAUGGGAUAUGGGGCAGGCAGCAUCCCAUCAUCCCGGAAACUCCUCCUCCGUCUGCUGCUGGGUUCCAGCCCUCGCCAGUGCCCACGGCAGCUCUGUCCUUCCCUAUUCCCUUCUUUUCCUGAAGCCCCGCAUCCAACAGUGGGUGCUUGGAGGACAAAUUUCUCAAGCCUUUGUGUGUCUGAAAAUGUCUUUAUUCUUUGCUCUGUCACCCAGGCUGGAGUGUAGUGGCGCGAUUUCAGCUCACUGCAACCUCCUUCUCCCCGGCUCAGGCGAUCCUCCCGACUUAGCCUUCCAAGUAGCUGGGACUGCAGGUGCACACCACCACGUCUGGCUAAUUUUUGUAAUUUUAGUAGAGACGGGGUUUUGCCAUGUUGCCCAGCCUGGUCUCGAUCUCCUGGACUCAAGUGAUCUGCCCACCUUGACCUCACAAAGUGCUGGGAUUACAGGAGAGAGCCACCACACCCUGCCUCGACCCACGACUUUAAAUGGAAAUCAGGCAGGCUUAGUGGCUCAUGCCAGUAAAUCCAGCACUUUGGCUAGGCUGAGGUGGGAGGAUUGCUUGAGCCCAGGAGUGUUUGAGAACAGCCUGACAACAUAGCAAGACCCGUCUCUACUGAAAUAAAAUAAAUACAUAAAUAAAUGGAACUCACUGUCAGUUGGAAGCUGCGAGAUCCGCGGCUCUGUGUGUGGCACCAGCGUCGCUGUCCUGGUGGCCGCCAGUCCCCCGGGGCCUAAGGCCCCAACCCCGUCCAUGUGCCCAGGAUUUUCUCUCCGAUGCUUUCUGCAUCUUCUCCAUGUCCAUGGUGUUCUGACACUUGACAAGGGGAGCCUGGGGGCCACCGAUGGUUUCCUGGCCUGGCACCCUCUUGGCUCACGCCACCUUGGGAAUGAUGGAUGCCCCCAGUGGGACAACUUUGUGGAUGAUCUUAUUCCCAUGAGCUGGGUGGCUUGAAACAACAGAAAUGAGUCCUAUCACAGUUCUGGGGGCUGGAAGUCUGAAGUCAAGGUGCACACUCCCUCGAAGGCUCUGGGCUGGGGGGUCCCACUUUACCUCUUCCAGCUUCUGGGGCCUCCGGGGGCUCCUCGUGGUAGCGUCACCCCAGUCUCUGCCCCAUCUUCACAGGCCGUGUCCUCUGUGCCUCCUCCUCUAUCUCUUAUACCCCUGUCAUUGGCUUUAGGGCCACCUGGAUAAUCCAGGAUGGUCUCAUCUCAAAAUCCUUCAUGACAUCCGCAGAGACCCUUUUCCACAUAAGGCCCUGCCUGGGGUUUAUGUGUGUUUUUAGGAGGGUCUCAUUCAAGCCAGUACACAACCUGUAACCAAAAAUACCAGCCUGGCCCACAUGGGGCAACCCCGUCUCUACUAAAAAUACAAAAAUUGGCCGGGCGCGGUGGCUCAUGCCUGUAAUCCCAACAUUUCGGGAGGCCACAGCGGGUGGAUCACCUGAGGUCGGGAGUUUGAGACCAGCCUGGCCCACAUGGUGAAACCCCGUCUCUACUAAAAUUACAAAAAUUACCCGGAUGUGGCGGCACAUACCUGUAAUCCCAGCUACUUGGGAGGCUGAGACAGGAGAAUCCGUUAAACCCAGGAGGCGGAGCUUGUGGUGAGCGGAGAUCGCACCACUGCACUCCAGCCUGGGUGACAGAGCGAGACUCCGUCAAAAAAAUUAAUUAAUUGGCCAGGCGCAGUGGCUCAUGCCUGUAAUCUGAACACUUAGGGAGGCUGAGGCAGGCGAAUCAUGAGGUCAGAAGUUUGAGACCAGCCUGACCAACAUAGUGAAACCCCAUCUCUACUAAAAAUGCUAAAAUUAGCCGGGCAUGGUAAAGCAUGCCUGUAAUCCCAGCUACUCAGGAGGCAGGAGGCUGAGGAAGGAGAAUCGCUUGAGCCGGGGAGGCGGAGGUUGCAGUGAGCUGAGGUUGCGCCAUUGCACUCUAGCCUAGGCAACAGAACGAGACUCCAUCUCAAAUAAUAAUAAUAAUUAAUUAAUUAAGGUGGCUCCCAGUCACAUUUCCAUUGCUUUACUGAGAGAGACGGGGCCUCCCAGGAUGCAGCCGUGCAUGGCCUGGGUGAUGGGUGCCUGUGCAGACCUGGCUCUGUUGACUCCCCAGCCCCCGUCGGGUUCCCUGUCUUGCUUCGACUUCUCGGGAGCACAAGUCCAUGUGCUCCUGUUAAAGCCAUCGCCUCCCGCCCGCGGGCUUGCACCCAGCUGAAUGAUUCUUCAAAGAAACUGUUUGCAUCUGUUUUAAGCUUGUCUCCUUAGGAACCUGCAAGUCUCAGAGCCCACUGGCUUGAAGGCAGAUGCCUUUCAUGGAGGCGGCAGGAAGAACCUGACAUCCAGCCAGGGCCAAAGAAGGAAAACCACUCAACAGGAGAGCUGGGGGGACGAGACACAAGACAGACCCACGGAGCCACCUUCACCCUCUCCUGCGGCUGGAGGGAGACUGCUGGGGCCUUGCCGUCUCUCCGGAUGGGUUGCUCGUGGAGGAAGACCUUGUCUUUCUUCCUUGUUUUUGUGCCUAUAUAUCUACAUGGGGCUUCAUCGCAGGAAGCCGCCCCAGUGGGGCCCAGGAAACCGUUUUUCGAGAGGCUCCGUAGGCUGGAGGAACAGUUCCGGAGAUUCCAGGAGGUGACCUGGACACACCUGCAGAGCAUCGCCAGCAACUACAACGUGUCCUACAACGUUGACGUCCGGUUCCGGAGCCUGGCAGAAGAGAGCCAGGCUGUGGCUCAGGCAGUCAACCGGUCACAGGCCUCGGUGCAGGGGGAGCUGGCGCAGCUCAAGGCCUGGGUGAGGAAGAUGCAGCGCCGAGGCCGGAAAGUAGACACGCGGCUGCGGGCCUUGGACCUCACCCUGGGCGAGAGGAGCCAGCAGCGGGCCCGGGAAAGGAAGGCACACAAGGCCCAGAGGGACGCCCUGCAGGACUCACUGGCACGCCUGGAGGGCCUCAUCCACAGCCAGGGCGCCAGGCUGGCUGCUCUGGAGGGGCAGCUGCCCGUGGCCCACCCUGGCACUGCAGCCCUCGGGCCGGCCCUGGUCCCAACCCCAACCCAGCCUGAGGAGCUGAGCCCGACCUCCCUGAAGCUUCAGAGGGACAGGCAGGAGCUCCGAGCUGCCUCUGAGCACGGGGGCCCCCCACAGGACUCCUCGGCCCCUCUCCAAGGGAGGCGGGAGCCUCCAGCCUCAGGCAGCCAUCGGGUACUCAGUGGGACUGCCCCAAAAGACCCUCGGCAGCAGGCAUGGUCCCCCCAGGAACCAGGAGAGAUUUGCGGCGUGGGCCCCACCCUCGUUUUCCCAAACGCCUCCACCAAAAACGUGGUCUUCCUCAGCCCUGGCUUCGUCACUGCCCUGCGAGCCCUGUCCUUCUGCAGCUGGGUCCGCAUGGCCUCCGGCCGCCUGGGCACCCUCCUGUCCUACGCCACCGAGGACAAUGACAACAAGCUGGUGCUGCACGGCCGAGACUCCCUGCUGCCCGGAUCCAUCCACUUCGUGAUCGGGGACCCGGCCUUCAGGGAGCUGCCCUUGCAGCUGCUGCUGGACGGCCAGUGGCACCACAUCUGUGUCAUCUGGACGUCCACCCAGGGCAGGUACUGGCUCCACGUGGAUCGCAGGCUGGUGGCCACCGGCUCCCGCUUCAGGGAGGGCUAUGAGAUCCCCCCCGGAGGGUCCCUCGUGCUGGGCCAGGAACAAGACAGCGUGGGGGGCGGAUUCGACAGCUCCGAGGCCUUCGUGGGGAGCAUGUCUGGCUUGGCUAUCUGGGAUCGGGCGCUGGUUCCCGGGGAAGUUGCAAACCUUGCCAUCGGGAAAGAGUUCCCGACAGGUGCCAUCCUGACGCUGGCCAAUGCUGCACUAGCAGGCGGAUUUGUGCAGAGAGCCAACUGCACCUGCCUGGAACGCUGUCCCUGAGGCCGAGCCGCACGGGGGCUGAGGCCAGCAAGGGCAGCAUGCCCCCAUCCACAUUCCGCCACCGCCCCCCCGCCAGCACAUUCUACAAAGGCCACCCCCACCCGUCCUGGCUAUGCACACCUGCGCCCUCACAUAGGGGUGCCUCUUCCAUCCUGGGGGGUGGGGAGGUGGACAGGGAGCGAACAGAGACAGAGAGAGCCUGGGGUCAGGGUGGCCCACAAGCCCAUGUUUCUUCCAUCACCACGGCAUUCUUACUUCCUGCACUGUCUUCCUUUCUUUUUUUUCUUUUUUUUUUUUUUUGAGACGGAGUCUCACUUUGUUGUGCAGGGUAGAGUGCAGUGGCGCGAUCUCGGCUCACUGCAAGCUCCACCUCCCGGGUUCACACCAUUCUCCUGCCUCAGCCUCCCAAGUAGCUGGGACUAUAGGCGCCCGCCACCAUGCCAGGCUAAUUUUUUUGUAUUUUUAGUAGAGAGGGAGUUUCACCAUAUUAGCCAGGAUGGCCUCAAUCUCCUGACCUCGUGAUCCGCCAGCCUUGGCCUCCCAAAGUGCUGGGAUUACAGGCGUGAGCCACUGUGCCCGGCCCCUUUCUUUCUUAUCUUUUUUUUUUUUUUUGAGAUGGAGUCUCACUCUGUCUCCUAGGAUGGAGGGCAAUGGCAUGAUCUUGGCUCACUGCAACCUCCGCCUCCCGGAUUCAAGCAAUUCUCGUGCCUCAGCCUCCUGAGUAGCUGGGAUUACAGGCGCCCGCCACCACGCCCGGCCCCUCCCUCCCUCCCUUCCUUCUUCCUUUCCUUUCCCGUUCCCUCCCUCCCUCCAUUCCUUCCUUCCCUCUUCCUCUUUCUCUCUCUCUUCUCUCUCUCUCUUUCUUUCUGACAGAGUCUUACACUGUCGCCCUGGCUGGAGUACAGUGGCACAAUCAUAGCUCACUGCAGCCUCAACCUCCCGAGCUCAGCUGAUCCUCCCACGUCAGCCUCCUGAGUAGCUGGGACUAGAGGCACACACUAACACGCCUGGCUGAAAAAUUUUUAUUUCUUUUUUCUUUUUCUUUCUUUUUUUUGAGAUGGGGUCUUGCUCUGUUGCCCAGGCUGGAGUGCAGUAGUGCAAUCUUGGCUCACUGCAACCUCCACCUUUUGGGAUAAAGCGAUUCUCCUGCCUUAGCCUUCCAAGUAGCUGGGACUAUAGGUGUGCAUCACCAUGCCCAGCUCUAAUGUUUGUAUUUUUAGUAGAGAUGGAGUUUCAUCCUGUUGGUCAGGCUGGUCUCAAACUCCUGACCUCAGGUGAUCCACCUGCCUCGGCCUCCCAAAGUGCAGGCAUGAGCCACGGUGCCUGGCCCAGGCAAUGCUUUUAAAACAACUUUAUUGGCUUGGUGCCGUGGUUCACGCCUGUAAUCCUAACACUUUGGGAGGCAGAGGUGGGUGGAUCGCUUGAGUCCAGGAGUUUGAGACUAGUCUGGUUAACACGGCGAAACCCCAUCUCUACUUAAAAAAAAUACAAAAAAUUUAGCCAGGUGUGGUGGUCUGUGCCUGUAGUUCCAGCUUCUCGGGAGGCUGAGGUGGGAGAAUCACUUGAGCCUGGGAGGCUGAGGCUGCAGUGAGCCGAGAUCGCACCACUGCACUCCAGCCAGGGCAACCGGAGUGAGACCCUGUCUCAAAAAACAAAACAAAACAAAACUUUAUUGAGGUAAAAUUUACAUAUCAUAAAAUUCACCUUUCAAGCGCAUAGUUCAAAGAUUUGUAGUGAAUUUACGGAGUUGUACAGCCAUCGUUAACAAUCCAGUUUUAGGACCUUUCUGUUCCCUUCCUUAAAAAGUGUAGCAAUCGCUCCUGGGUCCCCCGCACCCUCCCCAGCCUCUGGCAGCCACCUGCCUGUUUUCUGUCUCUAUGGAUUUGCCUGUUCUGGACACUGCAUAUAAAUAAACCAAAAGCAAUUGUC